UCAGAUUAUUUGUGGCAGUUGUUCUAUUGAAAUGCGGUACAUUUUUCCAAGUUUUUUUAGAAUUUAUAUUUGCAGAAGGGAUUUAAUUUUGCUUCAGUUUUCAGCCUCAAACUACUUUCCUUUAUUUCACUCAGGGUUUCUCAACUUCAGUACCACCAACUAAAGUGGGUGGGAUAAUUCUUUGUUGUGGAGGCCUGUCCAGUGUACUGCAGCAUGUUUCACAACAACCCUGACCUCCAUCCAAUAGAUAAUCAGUUUGUAGUUCACAUAAAUUUAGUGUGAAUUUUAGGACCAGCUGGCUUGAAGGAGGGGAAGAUGAUAUGUUUAGAUACAGUUUGCUUUUCUAGGUAGCAGUAGAAUAAUGGGUCAUUUCGAGUGCAUUUCAUCUAUUCUUUGUUCCUUAGUUUCCUCUUGUAAAACUGGGACAAUAUCUUUUUACUAGAUAUUUAAUGUGUAUGAAAAGUACAUCUAAAAUUCAUAUUUCAAUGCCUGGCAUUCAGUAACUAGCUCUGUUUUCUGCAGAACAAAAUUGUAUUUCUUUGGGCUUUUGCAAAAUACCAGUCUCUUUAGUCUUUUUUCUUGUUACUCCCCAUACCCACACUUCAGCCACACCAACCUUAACCUAUUGAUUCCCUAAUCCAUUUCAUAUAAUCUGUGCUUUCUUUCCCGUCACACCCUAGACUCUUCUUCCUUAUAUUCUUGGCUCUCUAGUAAACUUCAUCAGAAUUCAGUUUCAGGUUUUAACUUUUCUGUAUAAAAUAUGUGAAGAUGAUGUAAAAUGUGUUCAUGUUAAAGCUGGCAUGACUAAAGCCUUCUCUCUUUCCACUGUGUUGCAGUGUGGAGACUGGAGGGAAAUGUAAUCGGAGGGAGGGUGACAGUCCAGCAAGUGGUUAAAGGGCCAGAUUAUGUUGUAACACUGGGAUUGGAGAGGAGGUGACAGGUGUAAAGACAUUGAGAGAGAACAGGCUGGGUUUGAAACUAAUUGUAUUGGAGUUAAGGUAGCAUUAUAAGGUGACUAAAUGGUUUUUGGUCAGGUGGUACCUUAACCUUAUAUCCUGUGUGAGAGGAAUAUGAUGGAUUCGUGUAGAACAUUUUGAAUUUUUUUCAAAAUUGUAUGUUAAAAUGCUCUCUACAAGGCCUCUCUGUGAGGAUUGGAACAGGAUUUAUGUUGUUCAUGCUAUUCUUUGCACACUGAUUGUCCAGGAAAUAUUUGAGUUGAGCUGAAUUUGCGGUGACGAAAGGUGCAAUCCCUGGUUGAGAUGACUGGUAGGAAGUUAUGAGUCUGAGUUUCAGAAGAGCGUCAGGAUUGGAGAUGGCAGAUGUAGCAUCUGUCAACACACAGGUGAUAGUUAAUGCACUGGGAAUGGAUGAGAAAAGAGAAGAAGGCCAAAGACAAACUCCCAAAACACAGAAGCCCACAAAAAAGAGGAAACUUUCCAGUAUACACUCUUCAGAUGGGCUGAAGAGCUUGAUGCCCUCAGUAGAACACAAGACUUACUUGGUUGCUAUGAGCAAGCCCUGGAACUGUUUCCUGAUGAUGAAGUGAUUUGCAAUAGUAUGGGGGAGCAUCUCUUCAGAAUGGGCUUCAGAGAUGAAGCAGCUGGAUAUUUUCAUAAAGCAGUGAAGCUAAACCCUGAUUUCAGUGAUGCAAAGGAGAACUUUUAUCGUGUUGCAAAUUGGUUGGUGGAACGUUGGCACUUUAUCAUGCUUAAUGACACCAAAAGGAAUACGAUUUAUAACGCAGCAAUCCAAAAGGCAGUUUGUUUGGGAUCCAAAAGUGUUUUGGAUAUUGGAGCAGGAACUGGAAUACUAAGUAUGUUUGCUAAAAGAGCUGGAGCGCACUCGGUGUAUGCCUGUGAGUUAUCCCAGACCAUGUAUGAACUUGCCUGUGAUGUAGUGGCAGCGAACAAGAUGGAAGCAGGAAUCAAACUCUUACAUAUGAAGUCACUUGACAUAGAAGUUCCAAAACACAUUCCCGAAAGAGUGUCCCUAGUUGUAACAGAAACUGUCGAUGCAGGUUUAUUUGGAGAAGGAAUUGUGGAGAGUUUGAUUCAUGCAUGGGAGCAUUUACUUUUGCAGCCAAAGACCAAAGGUGAAAAUGGUAACUGUGGAAAGUAUGGGAAAGUUAUACCAGCAAGUGCUGUUAUAUUUGGCAUGGCAGUAGAAUGUGCAGAGAUAAGAAGACAUCAUAGGGUGGGCAUUAAGGACAUUGCUGGGAUCUGUUUGCCAACAAAUGUGAAAUUUCAGAGUCCAACUUACUCUUCUGUAGAUACCGAAGAAACAGUUGAACCUUAUACAACUGAAAAGAUGAGUCGAAUUCCUGGUGGAUAUUUGGCUUUGACAGAGUGCUUUGAAAUUAUGACAGUAGAUUUCAACAAUAUUCAGGAAUUAAAAAGUCUUGCAACUAGAAAACCUGAUAAAAUUGGUGUUCCUGUUAUUAAAGAAGGCAUACUAGAUGCCAUUGUGGUUUGGUUUGUACUCCAGCUCGAUGAUGAACAUAGUUUGUGCACAAGUCCUAGUGAGGAAUCAUGUUGGGAACAAGCUGUCUACCCCGUACAUGACCUUGCAGACUACUGGAUAAAGCCUGGGGACCAUGUAAUGAUGGAAGUGUCUUGUCAGGAUUGCUACUUAAGAAUCCAGAGUGUCAGUGUCUUCAGUUCGGAACAUGAAAUGGAUGUUGGACAAAGUUCUACCAAGAAUAAAGACUUGCUCUCUUUAGGAAAUGAGGCUGACCUCUGUAGUGCCCUGGCUAACCUUCAGACCAGUAAACCAGAUGCUAUGGAGCAGACAUGUGUACUGGAAUCCACAGAAAUUGCUUUGCUUAAUAACAUUCCAUAUCAUGAAGCCUUUAAAAUGGCAAUGAGGAAAGUGCUGUCUUCACUGACCCCAGAGAAGCUGUGCCAGGCCGUGGAUGCCCACUGCCAGGACAGUGAGAUGAGCUGUGGAAGUGGACAGAAUGAUUCUGAACAGAGUGCCUCGGAGCCUUUCUAUGUGCUAGAUGUGUCUGAAGGCUUCUCUGUUCUGCCUAUAAUCGCUGGCACACUGGGGCAGGUUAAACCUUACAGUUCUGUGGAGAAAGACCAGCAUCGCAUCACUCUGGACCUCAUAUCUGAAGCCAAUCACUUUCCUAAGGAAACACUUGAGUUUUGGUUGAGACAUGUGGAAGAUGAAUCUGCUGUGUUGCAAAGGCCCAAAUCAGACAAGUUGUGGAGUAUAAUUAUAUUGGAUGUCAUUGAGCCAUCUGGGCUCAUACAGCAGGAAAUAAUGGAAAAAGCUGCAAUAUCCAGGUGCUUGCUACAAUCUGGAGGCAAGAUCUUUCCUCAGUAUGUGCUGAUGUUUGGGUUGCUCGUGGAAUCACAGACACUGGUAGAAGAGAAUGCUGUUCAAGGAACAGCACGAACUCUUGGAUUAAAUAUAGCACCUUUCAUUAACCAGUUCCAGGUACCUAUUCGUGCAUUUUUGGACCUGUCCUCACUGCCUUGUAUACCUUUAAGCAAGCCAGUGGAACUCCUAAGACUGGAUUUAAUGACUCCAUAUUUGAACACCUCUAACAGAGAAGUAAAGGUACACAUUUGUAAAUCUGGACAAGUGACCGCCAUUCCAUUUUGGUAUCAUAUGCACCUUGAUGAUGAGAUUAGGUUAGAUACGUCCAGUGCAGUGUCCCACUGGAAACAAGCUGCAGUUGUUUUAGAUAAUCCCAUCCAGGUGGAAAUGGGGGAGGAACUCGUGCUCCAUGUCCAGCACCACAAAAGCAACGUCAGCAUCACAGUGAAGCACUGAAGAGCAGUUUUCUGGUGAAAACCUGUUUACAUAGAGCAAAUACACAACUUUUCUGGUCUGAAUAGUGUGACUGUAAUCAUAAAGUGGGGGAUGUAGAGACUUAAUUGCUUGUAUUGAUCAAAUUUUUUAAAAAAUUGACCUUAAUACAUUUAAUAAAAUGUAUUUAAAAGAUACAUUAUGUAGUAGUAUUAUUACAAAAAUAUUUGCUACAGACUUCCUUUCUGAAAAAGACUGUCAUUAGUUUUUACAUUAGGAAACUUGGUCUUUAUUGCUUAGUUUUACUCACUAUAGAUUAAAUUUUACUAAACACUUUUACUUAUGUGCUAAAGCUAUAAAGGAUUUUGAAUCAUC